UUUUGCAUGAACGCAAAAAUGUGCUGUCGACGGUUCCUUGGAAGCAGGAGGAUCUAUAUACCUCUGAAGUCUGUCCUUCUGUGGCACUAUUUCAUCGCGAUCAGCCUCGAAGACGUGGCCACCGAGAAGAGCGUCACAGUUUAUCCCGAAGUGCACCAAGCCCGUGAAGAUGGCUCAGUGAAGCUUGUUAUUAUUCAAGAUGACUACACGCUUAACCUCAAGAAAGCAUCAGUCGCAGCAGACCGACUGCUUAUCCGAGAAAUAACUGAAAAUGGCAUCACUGAAAGAUACGUUGAUGGCACCCACAAUGACAGAUUUCUCUACCAAGAUGAAGAUAAAGAAGCCACGCUACUGGUCAAGUCGAAGAAAUCUGGAGGCUAUGAUUUGUAUGGCCUUGUCAAUUUCACUCAUGAAAUCGAGCCCACUGGAAAUGAUGAAGUGAUGACACUGGAAUCGACAGCGCAUACAAUAAAGCAGGUUAAAGCUACUGACAAUGCCAAGAUGACUACGGAGCCACCAGAAUACGAAAAUGAGAUAGCGAAAAUAGCUGGAAGCCCACUUCUUUUUCGCCGGGGCUGCUCAAAUCCAAACAAGUAUCACCUGCCUCUUGAGUUCCUGUCAAUGAGUUUGUCCAAACUCCUGGAACUUAGUGAUUGGCCAUGCGAUGACCUCGAGGCCUAG